GAAUAACCAUGCCGUCUGAAUCACUCUUAAGUCUUACUAAUCCACAGAAAACAAUCAUGUGCUCCGGUAAGCAACAUGAAGCUUCGAAGCAAGCACGCAGGAGCUUAUAACGGUCUCGUUCCCGCCGCAUUUGCUUAACAUUCUCAAACCGAACUCCCCCCACUUCUUCCCGCGUCCACAGCGGCUUGCGGCGGGGGCAGAACACACCAUGGAAACCAUGGCAAAAGCACCGGGCCCUGUGUACCUCCUCUUCCUGCUGCUCGCGCUGCCUUGCUGCCUCAUCCCGCACCGCGGCGCGGCCCAGCCCGCGGCGAACGAGGCGCGGCUGCUCCUCCAGAUCAAGCGCGCGUGGGGCGACCCGGCCGUGCUCGCGGGAUGGAACGACACGGCCGCGCCCGCGGCUCACUGCUCCUGGCCCUACGUCACAUGCGACACCGCCGGGCGCGUCACGAACCUCUCCCUCGCCAACACCAACGUGUCCGGCCCCGUGUCGGACGCCGUCGGCGGCCUCUCCAGCCUCGUGCACCUCGACCUCUACAACAACAACAUCAACGGUACGUUCCCGACGAGCGUGUACCGCUGCGUUUCUCUCCGGUACCUCAACCUGUCUCAGAACUACCUCGGCGGGGAGCUCCCCGCCGACAUCGGCGUCGGCCUCGGGGAGAACCUGACAACUCUAGUCCUCAGCGGCAACUACUUCACUGGCACCAUCCCCAAGUCGUUGUCCCGAUUGCAGAAGCUGGAGUGGCUGAUGCUGGACAACAACAACCUCACCGGCACAAUCCCGGGAGAGCUCGGCGACCUGACGAGCCUUACGACGCUGACGAUCUCGACGAACAAGCUCGGACCGGGUCAGCUGCCGGAGUCGUUCAAGAACCUGACUAAGCUGACAACCCUCUGGGCGAGAAAGUGUCAGCUCGUCGGCGACAUGCCAGCCUAUGUGGCCGACAUGCCGGACUUGGUGACGCUCGACCUGGCGGUCAACAACUUGACAGGAAGCAUUCCUCCGGGGAUCUGGAGCCUGAAGAAGCUGCAGUGCCUGUUUCUAUUUGCGAACAAGCUCACCGGCGACAUCGUCGUCGCCGAUGGUGCUUUCGCCGCAGUGAAUUUGGUUUUCAUCGACCUGUCCGCGAAUCCCAAGCUGGGUGGACCGAUUCCUCAAGACUUUGGUCUCUUGCAGAAGCUUGAAGUCAUCCACCUGUACUUUAACAACUUCUCCGGUGAGAUACCGGCGAGCAUCGGUCGGUUGCCGGCAUUGAAGGAAAUACACCUAUUCAAUAAUAGUCUCACCGGCGUUCUACCACCGGAGCUUGGGCAGAAGUCACCGGAUUUGUGGGAUCUUGAGGUUGAUUUCAACAAGUUCACCGGCCCGAUUCCUGAGGGGCUGUGUGACGGCGGCAAGCUCAACAUAUUCACCGCAGCGAACAACCUCUUGAACGGCUCCAUCCCGGAGAGGCUCGCCGGCUGCACCACGCUCCAGACCCUGUUUCUCCCCAACAACAAGCUGUCCGGCGAUGUGCCAGAGGCGCUAUGGACGGCGACAAAGCUCCAAUUCGUGCAGCUGCAGAAUAAUGGCCUCACCGGGACUCUGCCUUCCACCAUGUACAGCAACCUUUCGAGCUUAACCGUGGAGAACAACCAAUUUCGUGGUAGCAUCCCCGCGGCGGCGGCUGCUCUUCAGAAGUUCAUCGCCGGGAACAACAAUUUUUCCGGGGAGAUCCCGGAGAGUCUCGGCAACGGCAUGCCGGUGCUGCAGACACUAAACCUGUCUGGUAACCAGCUCUCCGGCGGGAUCCCGAAGAGCGUUUCCAAGCUUAAAGUCUUGACUCAGCUUGAUUUGAGCAAGAACCAGCUCUCCGGCGAGAUACCGGCCGAGCUGGGCGCCAUGCCGGUGCUCAACGCACUUGACCUGUCGUCGAACAGGCUCUCCGGCGGCAUACCGUCGUCUCUUGCCAGUCUGAAUCUCAACUCGCUCAACCUCUCGUCCAACCAGCUCAGCGGCCAGGUGCCGGCCAAGUUCGCCAUAGGUGCCUACGCCCGCAGCUUCCUUGACAACCCCACCCUCUGUACCUCAGGCCUGGGCUCCAGCUACCUCGCCGGCGUGCGGUCCUGCAACGCCGGAUCGCCAGGCAGCGCUUCCUCCGGUGGCGUCUCGCCAGGGCUCCGCGCCGGUCUCCUCGUAGCCGGGGCCGCGCUCCUCCUCGUCAUCGUGGCGUUGGCCUUCUUCGCCGUCCGCGACAUCAGGAGAAGAAGGAAGCGCGUGGCGCAGCGCGAGGACUGGAAGAUCACGCCUUUCCAGACCGAUCUGGGCUUCAGCGAGGCGGCCAUACUCCGGGGUCUAACGGAGGAGAACCUCGUCGGCCGCGGCGGCUCGGGGAGCGUGUACCGCGUCGCCUACACCAACCGGUACACCGGCGGCGACGGCGCCGUGGCCGUGAAGAAGAUACGGACGGGCGCCGCGAAGGUGGAGGAGAAGCUGGAGCGCGAGUUCGAGUCGGAGGCGCGCAUCCUCGGCAACGUCCGGCACAACAACAUCGUCAGGCUGCUCUGCUGCGUCUCCGGCGACGAGGCCAAGCUCCUGGUGUACGACUACAUGGACAACGGCAGCCUGGACGGGUGGCUCCACGGGCGCCGCGCCAUCAACGACGGGCGCCCCGUGGUGGCCGCUGUGGCGAGGGCGCGGUCCGCGCGGGGCGGCGCGCCCGCUUUGGACUGGCCGACGAGGCUCAGGGUGGCCGUCGGCGCCGCGCAGGGGCUGUACUACAUGCACCACGAGUGCACCCCGCCCAUCGUCCACCGCGACGUCAAGACGAGCAACAUCCUGCUCGACUCCGAGUUCCGGGCUAAGGUCGCCGACUUUGGGCUGGCCAGGAUGCUGGCGCAGGCCGGCACGCCCGACACCGUGUCCGCCGUUGCAGGCUCGUUCGGCUACAUGGCUCCCGAGUGUGGUUACACGAGAAAGGUUGAUGAGAAGGUGGACGUGUACAGCUUUGGGGUGGUGCUCCUGGAGCUUACCACGGGCAAGGCGGCCAACGACGGCGGCGAGCACGGUUCCCUGGCGGACUGGGCGCGGCACCACUAUCAAUCGGGAGAGAGCAUCCCCGACGCUACGGAUCAGUGCAUCAGGUACGCGGGUUACUCCGACGAGAUCGAGGUGGUGUUCAGGCUAGGCGUGAUGUGCACGGGGGCCACGCCCGCGUCACGGCCAACCAUGAAGGACGUGCUGCAGAUCCUGGUCAAAUGCUCCGAGCAGACGCACCAGAAAUGCAAGGCGGAGAGCGGGCAGGAGGAGUACGAAGUGGCGCCGCUGUUGCUGCCGCAACGAGGCAGCCGCCGGAAACAGCCCGCGAAGGCCAAAGGAGCAGACGACGACGCUGACGAGAGGAGCGAUUUCGAUUCCAUUGUCUGAAGAAAGGAGCAGAGCACUGCCGCACCUUUACCUACUAGGAAACACUGAUGUGAGCAGGGAAUGGUUAGUCUAUGAGCCAGCACUGCACUGCAUGAAUAUAAACGCCAUAUUAGACAGUACUAGAAAAGAUGAUCAUACUCUAUUACCUUACCUUGAUGGUACACUUCUUAGUACUAUUUUGUUAGCUGCUCGCGGCUGAUCAGAUCAUUUGAGCUUUGAUACCAGUGUGUAAGAGUACAUACAUAGUUCAAACUGACAUACGAAAAGUGAAAUUAUGUCCCCCUCUUUAUUCUGAAA